GGUCCUGUGUGGGGGGUGAGAGGGGAGGGGUGGUUGUGGUGCGGGGGAUGGGGAAGCCGAUCCGCGCGAUUGAAUUUGCGAGCGCGGUGACGUCACGGCGGCGGAGCGCGCGGGGGUCUCAGUGCCCGCGAUGAGCGAGGGCGGCGCGCAUCGCCCUCCCCGCGCCCUCCCCGCGCUCCUCUCCCCGCGCCCCUCUCCCCGCACUCUCGCAAGCACUGCCGCCGCCGCCGCGCUCUCCCCUCAUCGCUCUCCAUCAUGGAUGUUUACCAACAAGAAUAAUAACAACAGUCACAGACAGGACUGGUAGGGCACAGCAGCAGCAACAGCAGGAGGAGGAGGAGGGAUGAACCCCGAGAUUCUCAUCGAUGCCAUGGGCGACAUCCACCACGAGCAGACGCAGCCCGGAGCGCUGAUGAGCGCCGCGCACAGCCCUCACCACCGCCACCCGCAGCAGCAGCAGCCGCCCUCGUACGAGCUGCCCGCCCCGGGCCGCGCCUCCAUGGUGCCCGGCAUGGUGGCCUCGAUGCUGGACGGGAGCGACUACCGCGGGGAGCACGGACUGCACGCGGCCAUCUCCAUGGGCUGCGAGUCCCCGCCCGGCGUCGGCUUGAGCGGCGGCGGCGGCGGCGGGGGGGGCGGGGGGGGCGGGGGGGGCACCUACGCGACGCUGACCCCGCUGCAGCCUCUCCCACCCAUCUCGACCGUGUCGGACAAAUUCCACCACCACCACCAUCACCACCAGCAGCACCAGCAGCACCACCAGCAGCAGCAGCAGCAGCAGCGGCUGGCGCACAACCUCAGCGGGUCGUUCACGCUCAUGCGCGACGACCGGACCCCGCUGCCGGCCUCCGUCAGCAGCAUCUACGGCCACUACCACAAGGAGAUGGCGGCCAUGGGACCGGCUCUGCCGCCGCCGCCGCCGCUCGCCUGCUCGGGCCUCGGCAACGGCCUCGCGGCCAUGCACGCGGCCCAGCACGCGGCCCAGCAGCCGCCGUCGGCCUACGGGCACCCGCCGGGCGCGGCGCUGUGCGCGGGGGACAAGGUGCUCGGAGGCUUCGAUGGCCACGCGGCCAUGCUGAGCCGCGCGGAUCAGUCGCUGGGACGCGGUCUCGCAUCUCCCGCCGCGGGGAUGAUGUCCCUGAACGGGAUGCAAACUCACCCUCACCACCCGCACCCUCACCACCACCACCACCACCCGCACCAUCCUCACCACCCCUCACCACCACCACCAUCACCACCACCACGGGGCCAUGCUGGCCGCCAGAGCCAUCAUGGUGGACAGGCGGAGGAGAUCAACACGAGGGAGGUGGCGCAACGGAUCAGCACGGAGCUGAAGCGCUACAGCAUCCCGCAGGCUGUGUUCGCGCAGCGCGUGCUGUGCCGCUCGCAAGGGACGCUGUCCGACCUGCUGCGCAACCCGAAGCCGUGGAGCAAACUCAAGUCGGGCCGCGAGACGUUCCGGCGCAUGUGGAAGUGGCUCCAGGAGCCCGAGUUCCAGAGGAUGUCGGCGCUCAGACUGGCGGCCUGUAAGCGCAAGGAGCAGGAGCAGGGCCGCGACAGCGGCGCCUCGCAGCCCAAGAAACCGCGCCUCGUCUUUACCGACGUGCAGAGGCGCACGCUGCUCGCCAUCUUCAAGGAGAACCGCCGGCCCUCCAAGGAGAUGCAGGUGACCAUCGCCCAGCAGCUGGGCCUGGAGCUCACCACGGUCAGCAACUUCUUCAUGAACGCGCGGCGCCGCAGCCUCGACAAGUGGCAGGACGAGGGCGGGGGGUUGCUGGGGGGGGCCGCCUCGUCAGGGGGGGCGGGAGCCUCCUCCUCCCAGCAGCAGCCGCCUUCGUCUUCCUCCGCGGCGUCCUGCGGCGGCGGCGGCAGCAAGGCUUGAGGGAGUGUGCGGAGCGGCGUGACGUGAGAUCGGCAGUGGCGAGAGGGAGGGGGCGGCGCAGGGGAGAUGAUGUGAACGGAAGGAGGCGAAGGGACCGAUGGCGAUGAGUCUUCGCCUGCGCCGACGACCUCGUGAAGAGCAGCCGCACCCCUCCC